AGAGAAUAUCAACAACACACACGUCCAACUUUUGGAUAAAGUUCACAAUUUAUUUACACAAUUUAUUUUUACAAGCGAUAUAAACACAUUCUCAUGGAUCCAAUAAACUCUGAUGAUGUGAAGGGCAUCCUGAAGGUUGGCAGCAGCGGGGGGCAGCAGCAAGCGGGCCAAAAGACGGCCAAGUUCGAUGAGCUAAAUGUGCUGCAAACCUUCCAUCCGGUGGGCAAGGACUACGGGCACAUGAUCAUUGAUGAGCCGAAGACCCCGUUCGUGUUUGAGGACGACUUGCCAAAGGAGCUGGACACCGCUGAGUUGAUUGAGAAGCUGCGCAUCACCUCACAGUCGGAGACGCCUUCCUUUGGCAUGGAGCAGGACUCUGAUGACUCGUCAGAUGACGAAGACUUCCCAGAGUCCGUGGAGGAGAAGGUGAGGCGCCUGGAGUUCGAGCGUCGACGCAAGCUGCACUACUGCAAGGAGUACCUAUCGGUGCCGCUGGCCCGUCGCCUCAUUGCCGAGGAGUUCGCUGACAUGAGCAUCUCAGAGCCGAGCUAUGAGUCCGAAAAGAGUUCUUGCUUCCCUGAAACCUGCCCCCAGUCGGACAACGCCCUGCUGGAUGAACACAGCUCGCAUACCCUGUCACAUAACCAGUCCUCUUUCGAGGACGGCGGAGACUCGAACAUCAUCGAGCCGGAGCCUGGCUUUGAUCCCAGCCACCCCUGCUACCAGCGGCUGUCGGCCGAGAUCAACCUCCCACGCACCGUCGACACCCAGGAGGCCUUCCGUCUGGCCUCACUCGGCUACAUGCGCAGCAUGCCCUCGAUUUUCGGACGCGACGAAUAUUCGGAUAGCAAGCCUGUACGUGUGCCAAGUUCCUCCGUCGCGGCUGUUAUGCCGCAAAAGGAGAAGACGGACGCGGCCCCAAGCCACUAAUGAAAGAAUUUCAAU